AUCGCGGGGCUUCUCCGCUGCGGGGGUCGGGAGGGGGAGAGAGAAGCGAAAGAGACCCCGCUCCUGUUUUCUCCCCGCACCCCUCCCGACCCUCCUGUAGAAGAGCAAGGCAGCCCAGUGCUGCAGGGCGGGGGGAGUGCUGUCAAACGAGUUGGACGGGGUGGGGGAAAGCGUUUUCCCAUUUGACCGAAGUCAAAGAGCGAUGCAGUGAGCAAAGUUGAAGUCUGAACCGAAACUAGACCCCCUUUUCCCUCCACUCCCCUUCACAACCCGGAUCCCAUCCAAGAUCGCACCUGGGGGAGGUCUGACACAGGGAUGCAACACGCCGGCAACUAACGUGUUGAAGAUGAAAAGGUGCUUUGAAGGCGUUGGGCUGCGAUGCUUUCUGAAGGGCACGCCUCUCUCUCUUCACUGGUUGGCAUUCUUCAUUUCUGAUUGGUGGGCUGACUCUAUGUAAGGUAGUGCGAUGGCAGAACACGAGGAGCAGAAUGGGACUGUGGCUGCCCCACAGGGCCAGAAAUACCUCCUUGUCUUCGACUUCGAUGAAACCAUUGUGAACGAGAACAGUGAUGACUCUGUCCUCCAAGUCGCUCCGGACAAAACGCUUCCCGAGUCGCUGCGCCAAACCUUCCAGGAAGGGUCUUACAACAAGUACAUGCAGCAUGUACUGAGGUACCUGGGAGACCAAGGGGUGAAGAUGGCCGACUUCAAAGCUGUCUACGAGAAGAUCCCCCUCUCCCCCGGAAUGCGAGACCUCCUCCAGUACCUCGCCAAGCAGCAGGCCCACUUUGAGAUCAUCCUAAUCUCCGACGCCAACAUGUUCGGCAUUGAAUGUGCCUUGAAGGCCGCGGGUGCCUACUCCCUCUUCCGUAAAAUCUUCAGUAACCCUUCCAGCUUUGACAAGAGGGGUUACUUCACCUUAGGUCCUUAUCACUCACACAGCUGCCCACGGUGUCCAGCAAAUAUGUGCAAGCACAAGAUCCUGACGGAAUACCUGGCUGAGAGGGCCCAGGAGGGCACCAGAUUCGAGAGGGUCUUCUACGUGGGCGAUGGAGCAAAUGACUUUUGCCCUUCCACAGCCAUGAAGUCGAGCGACGUCGCGUUCCCACGGAAGGGCUACCCAAUGCACCAGCUCAUCCUGGAGAUGGAGAAAACCCAACCCGGGACCUACCAAGCCACUGUAGUCCCGUGGGACUCGGCUGCCGAGGUGUGCUGCUACCUUCAAGAUGUUCUCAAGCAGAAAUGUUGAGGAAGAGCUCGUGGUGGAAGAUGCAGCUGCUCUUGAUCCCAUCCCUGCUAGCCGUUCAGAAAUGCCUGAACAUUAACAUCACACCUUUCUCAUGCUUGGCUUGGACUCAGGUGUUUCCCCCUCUUAUUGCUCAGAAUUUGUCUCUGGAUCUUCCCUUCCUUUGUCCUGGAGACAAAUGCUCUGUCUAUGCAGUUAGGAAAUCCAUUCAUGGAAGGGUGGGUGGAUGUUUGGCCAUUUACCUCCUCUUAUUUAUUUUCACCAUUUUGAAAAUUCUUCUUUUGCAUUCCCUAAAACCUCUCCUCUAUUUUCUCUCAAACUAGUUCUCAGAGGCACUUGGGAAAGGCUUGUGUUGCUGCCACAGCAUUUAGCCAGUGGUGUAUCACCCAGCACCAUCUGAUACCAGGGUGAGCAACUUCUGGCCCAUCAGCCUUAGCCAGUACAGCCAGUGGCAGUGGAUAAUGGGAAUUGUAUACUAAAGCAUCUGGAGGACCAGGCAUUGCUCCCUCUGAUAAACUAAGAGUAAUAAAAGUUUAAUAAAA